UAAAAGGGGAUGCAGGCCACACAGUUUUCGGCAGCACCGAGCUAGAUCAAACACAAGGCAUCGAGUUGUCUUGUGUUGUAGUAUCAUCUUAGCGUGUGUGCUGCUAAUUCUCUUUGGAAGCAUGGGUGGAGGCCACGACAUGCACGGCGGCCACAACGGCGGCGUGAAGGGCUUCGUGUCCGGCCUCGUCGGCGGCGGGAAAGGCCACGGCUACGGAUCAUCGUACGGCCAGGGGCACGGCUACGGCGGUGGCCAUGUACAGGGCUACCAGCAGGGAUAUGGCAGCCAUGCACAGAGCUACGAGCACGGGUACGGCGGACAUACGCAGCACGGGCACGGCGGCUACGAGCACGGGUACGGCGGCGGACAUGCACAGCACGGUCAUGGCCACGAGCACGGGUACGGAGGACACGUGCAGCAGCACGGAUACGGCGGCGGUCACGCGCAGCUCGGGUACCCUCCUGCCGCCGGCGCCUACCCUCCGCACGGCGGCUACCAGGCGCACGGCUACGCGCCGGCCGCCUACCCCUCUCACGGGGCUCACCAGGGUCACAUGGGAUCGUACCACACCGGGCAUGGCGGCGGGCACCACCACGGCGGGAAGUACCACGGCGGCAAGCACGGCGGGAAGUACCAUGGCGGCAAGCACGGCAGCAGCUGGAUCAGGUGAAGUGGGCGCGGCAGGUGCCUACGUGCGUGCGCGCCUCCAUGACAUGCCUUAGUUGAUCAUUAACCAUGCUCUCCGUACUACCUAAAUAAGAGCUACGCAUGGUGUGUGAUAUGCUUUCGUUUCAGCCGGUAAUGAUGUGUGUGGUGACGUAAUAAGUCUGUGUGACGAAAAAAUCGUGUUCACUGUACUGAUGAAAUACAAGGUAUAUGUACCGCCGUGCUCGGCCCGUGUGUACUGAUGGAAAAAAUAGAAGUUCCUACCAAAUGUUCGUUGAUUUA